CCGGUAACAGUUCUGCAGUUAGAGUGGGCGUACUACUGUUCUACGAUUGUAGAAGUGGAAUUUUUAAAGUUAAGUGUGCCAUUCCUAAAUCACUGUCUGAGUAGUGCUGCUGCUGUAAAGCUGUAUACCACAGAACAGCAGAAUGGCAUUGGAAACAUAUAAUAAACUGACAGGGAAAAGACGUCAACAACCCCAAGUUUUGGAUGAGGAAACAUAUACAGAGAACCUUGAAAGAAUCAUCACCCGUGACUUUUUUCCCGAUCAUGAGAAAUUAAAAGAUCAAAAGGAAUAUCUAGAGGCCGAAGAGAAAAAAGAUUUUGAGAAAAUGAGACAAAUUGCCUUCAAGUUUUCAAGAAAGAAAAAUCAAAACAAUCCAACAUUCACUCCAAAUACUGAUUCAACAAAACUGACACCUGCCACAUUUGACACUCCUGUAAUUGAUGAAAAAAUGACUCCAAGCUCUAAUUUGAAUUCAAAAAAUCUUGGUUAUGAUAAGAAAGACGUAUUACUGGAUGAAGAGGAUCAAGUUAAACAAUCUGAUGUUAGAGAUGGUUUGAAUUCAUUUCUCGGCAAAUAUACAAGUGAAGAUAAUGAAUCUUUCGAAAAUAUUAUGGAAAAGGCCGAACAAGAUCAAAGAAAUAAAUAUUCAUGGCUGUAUGAAGCAGAAUUGAAACAUGCCGAAAAUACAAAGAAAAUGCUCAUGUUACAAGGUGAUGAUACGAACAAUAAGAUGCUGGCAAUAACAGAUGGGUCUGAAAAUGAAAACAAAUCUGAUCUAAAAUCUACUAAAUGCAAUGAUAGUGAAUCUUCAAAACCUGAUGACUCUGAAAAUUCAUUAAAUUUAAAAUUAGUUCCAUAUGAUGAUGAAGAAAGAGAAUCUCGAACUGUUGAUACUUGGACAUAUAAAAACAAGAAUCAUCUCAUGUAUUAUCCUGAAGGUUUACCUAAUGAUGACGUAUUCAAAAAACCUUAUGAAAUCACACAUUCCAACACAAGAUUUGCUAACGACCCAUUCAAGAAUACAUUAGAUCGUACUAAACUUGUAGAAGCUGCAGCAGAAAAUGCUAGAUUUGGUGUUGGUGAACGUGUUGGUCAUGAUGGAAAAGCUAUUAUUCCUAAUGCAUCUCCUGCUGUCAAUGGAUAUGGUUUUGUAGCAACGCCAUCUCCAGCACCAGGUGUGAAUAUGUCCCCUGUAAUGACGUGGGGUGUAGUGGAAGGAACGCCGAUCAGAAUAGAUGGAUCUGGAACACCAACACCAGGACCUUCAUUCAAAUUUCCUAAAGAAAGCAGACGUGAUGAACUAACAUAUAGAAUGGUUGAUGAAAAUACAAAAAAGAAUAGAGCAAAGAAGCAAGCAGCUCUCCGACAAGUUAAAGAAAGUGUUUUAGCUGGAACGCCAAGACGUGUUGGAACAAUAAUGAGUUCAGAACGAAUUAAUACUCUUUCACCUGCAGCAAAAAGACUCGUUUCUGGGAAUCGAAAACUGGGAAUAGCUUCAGAUAUAAGAUUGAAAGCCAGUUACACACCAUCUCCUUCUGUUCGAAGUAAGAGAGGAGAUUUGACACCAAUAUCUAAAACACCAACACCCAAUACAAGAAGUAAAUUAACACCUCAGGUUACAGGUGCUGUUUCACCGUCCAUAACUGAUAAUUUAUUGAAUAUACCGAAGAAGAAAAAGAAAGCUUCAGACUUUUUCUGAGAGUGGAUUUGUAACUUCAACACAACAUAACCCUGAAUCUGGGAGACAACAUGGUUGAAUGCUUGAAGAUUCCAGAAUCGACUUAAAUCUCUUGAUUCAAUGGUGGAUCAUGGUGAUUAGAGAGGAAUGCUAGAUACAGCAAGGACAAGAUGGAAAAUGGCAGAAAUAAUAAGACAAAAUGAUUAUCGUUUCAAUUUGCUUAAAAUUUAAGUUUUUACACUCUGUUCAUUGUUGGACUAUAUCAAGCUUUGCUGAAUCCUACUUUGUGAAGAUUGUAUUACUAUUAAACAUAAAUGAUGAUUGUCGUUUGUUCAAUUUAAUUUUCCAAGGAUAUUUUCGACAUAUUCUUAAGGCAGAGUUCUUUGUCCACUGUUCCUAUAUGAAAUCGAAAUUAUUGCAAAGUAAUGUUUGGUGUAUACCUUCACUUAUGGAAAGCUUACUUUGCUCUUACAAAGAAAGUACAUAACAUAUACACCCUACCAAUUCAAUUAUCACAAUAAGGAAUUGUUUCUAAAUAGUAUGUGAAUUUUAAUAAUCAGCUUUUUAUAGUUUUUUGUUUUAAAAAAGUUAUGCAACUUUGAGUAAUAAAAUUUGAAUGGGAAAAAUGUAA